AUGGCAGACGAAAUACCGCAGGCCCUCAAGCAGGCCGACAUCAACCUCUACAAGACGGCCACCAGGGCUGCUCAGCUGUCAACCGUCAAGCCCAUAGUCGCAUAUUGGUGCGAAUACUGGGUGGUCAACCAGAUCCUGGCUAGGAACCUACACAGCGCCGAUGCAGAGACUCUCAAUUACACAACAAACCUGAUGGACAAGCUGGAACAGACCAAGAACGAAUACGCGAACGAGGACGCCAUCAUGGACGACGCUACCGCCCAGGCAUACAUCGAGCAGUUUGCGCAGGAGACAUUGGACAGGGCGGAGCGUGUAAUCAAGGCGAGCAAGGUCACCCAGCAGACAGCUAGCACCUUUGACGCUGCCCUGACCUUCUUCAACCUCGUCAACAUCUGGGGGCCACCCGACACUGAGACACAACAGAAGAUCAAGUACGCCAAGUGGAAUGCUGCGCGCAUCACCAGGGCUAUAAAAGAGGGCAAGGACCCCAACGAGACAAACCCGAAGAAGGAGGACCUGCCACCGCAGCAGCCGUCCCUCGAUCCCACCGAUCCCGACGUCCAAGCGCUCGGCAGCCCAUCUGGUCGGGAACAGGAAGAAUCACUCGGCCAGGGUCAGGGACAAGACCAGGUGCCGAGAGCUGCGACGGUGGAGGAUGCGCCAGAUCCAGACCUCAAGAGGGACUCAGCGGGGGUCUCUCUGCCGCAUACUCCGGUCCUCCCUGACCCGCCCGCCUCUGUGCCCGACGACGGGGAAUUGAAGCUCCCCAGCGCGCCAGGCUAUGGCGACGAGGGAGGUUCUGCCGCCUCGCCCGGCUACUUCGACCCUCCGCCGACCUUGCCGUCCCCUAUUUCACCGCCAUCGAACCACCCAGCCAACUACACGCCCGGUGGCGGCGCCCCUUCAGCCCCUCAAACGUGGACGCCGACACCACCACCGGCCGCCUCGUCCUUCGCACCGCCAUCUGCACCAUCCGCACCAUCCGCACCAUCUGCCCCAUCAGGCCCACCGACCUUUGCCCCGAGUCCAUCCUCGACCGCAGCCGUCGCCCCGCCACCUACCUUCUCCCCACCACCGGCAGACCCAACCCCUAGAAACAUACUACCGCCGGCCGUCGUCCCGCGGCCCGUCGUCCCCGCUCCAACCAGCUUCGGCAACUCGGGUGCGGCCCCGACGGUGCCAGCCGGGCUCGGCCAGCCGGCCCCAGCCACGUAUACCGCCGACGAUGCGGCCAUGUCACAGGCGCAGAAGCACGCAAAGUGGGCCAUCUCGGCCCUGAACUUCGAGGAUGUGCCGACAGCCGUGCGCGAGCUGAGGCGCGCCCUCGAGAGUUUGGGCGCGAGCUGA